UCGAGCAGCAUCUGUGGAGGCAAAGGGAUGGUCAACAUUUCGGGCGAGAUCCUGCAUCAGGACUGAGAGUGUAGAGCGAAGAUAACCGGCAUAAAGAUAUGUGGCCUGAUUUGGUGAAAAGAUGCCAGAAAAAUAUAUAAAAGGAAACACUACCGAAACAGAUGAGAGUAAUGAUGUUCAUCAUGAUAACACACACGAUAAAAAGAGUAAAACAAAGAAGAAGGAGGAAGGAAAAAAGCUUGAAAUGGUCGGCCCAUUGACUUUGUUUCGCUAUGCAGAUUGUGAAGACAAACUGUUGAUGGUGCUGGGUAGUGUUGCUGCUUUAAUUCAUGGAACUGCUUUACCGCUCAUGAUCAUAGUGUUUGGAGAGAUGACUGACAGCUUUGUUCAGCAUGGACUUGCACAAAAUUUAACAGAAAAUUCAACGCUGAAUGUAACCAGUGAUAUUACAGAAACAUUGGAGGAGCAGAUGACAAGAUUUUCCUAUUACUAUGUAGGGAUAGGGGCAGGUGUUCUGAUUGUAGCCUUUAUGCAGGUUACGUUCUGGUCACUAGCAGCAGCAAGGCAGACAAAGAAGAUAAGAAAGGAAUUUUUUCAUGCUGUGUUGCGUCAAGAAAUAGGAUGGUUUGAUGUCAGUGAUGUUGGAGAGAUCAACACCCGUCUAACAGAUGAUAUUUCAAAAAUAAGUGACGGAAUUGGUGAUAAAAUAGGCACUCUCAUACAGUCAUUGACCUCCUUUAUAACUGGGUUUGUGGUUGGCUUUGUGAAAGGAUGGAAGCUGGCAUUGGUGAUUCUGGCUGUGAGUCCAGUUCUGGGAAUCUGUGCAACAAUCUGGUCCAAGCUGCUGACCUCGUACACAAAACGGGAGCAAAAUGCCUAUGCAAAGGCUGGAGCAGUGGCAGAGGAGGCAUUGUCAGCUAUCAGAACAGUGGUAGCUUUUGGAGGACAAAAGAAAGAAAUUGAGAGGUAUCUCAAAAAUUUAAUUGAAGGCCAAAGGCUUGGAAUCAAAAAAGCCAUUAGCAGCAAUGUAGCAGUGGGUUUAACCUUCUUAAUAAUCUAUGCAUCAUAUGCUCUGGCAUUCUGGUAUGGAAGUACCCUUGUUUUGGAUGAGGACUAUACAAUCGGAACAGUGCUUACAGUAUUCUUCGCUGUCUUAAUUGGUGCAUUUUCCAUUGGUCAAACUUCGCCACAGAUUGAAGCGUUCGCCAGUGCAAGGGGAGCAGCACAUGUGAUCUAUCACAUCAUGGAUCAGGAACCAUUAAUCGACAGUUAUUCAGAAAGUGGACACAAACUCAGUCAAAUUAAAGGAGAUGUGGAAUUUUCAAAUGUGCAUUUCAAAUAUCCAUCACGACCUGAUGUUAAGAUAUUGAAGGGUCUGAACUUGAAGUUACAAAGUGGGCAAACAGUUGCACUGGUUGGCAGCAGUGGCUGUGGAAAGAGCACCACAAUUCAGCUUCUGCAGAGGUUAUAUGAUCCUGAAGAUGGGAUGAUAAUGCUCGAUGGACACGAUAUUCGGUCCCUGAAUGUUAGGAAUCUCAGGGAAUUUAUUGGAGUUGUGAGUCAGGAACCUAUCCUCUUUGCCACCACGAUAGCUGAAAACAUUCGCUACGGCCGUGAAGAUGUCAGUAUGGCUGACAUUGAAGAGGCUACCAAGGAAGCUAAUGCCUAUGAAUUCAUUAUGAAGUUGCCAAACAAAUUUGAUACGUUAGUUGGAGAAAGAGGCACUCAGCUAAGUGGAGGCCAGAAGCAAAGAAUUGCCAUUGCACGUGCAUUGGUACGCAAUCCCAAAAUCCUGUUGCUGGAUGAAGCGACGUCUGCAUUAGAUGCUGAGAGUGAAGCUACUGUCCAAGCUGCACUCGACAAGGUACGGAAAGGCCGCAGUACAAUAGUAAUUGCUCAUCGCCUGUCAACAGUUCAAAAUGCAGACGUCAUUGCAGGACUGGAAAAUGGUGUAAUUGUAGAGCUGGGAACCCAUGAACAACUAAUGAAAGCUGAGGGAAUCUAUUAUAAUUUGGUCACCUCACAGACUUUCAAGAGUAAAAAUAACGAUGGAGAUGAAUUGAUUCAAGAGAGAAAUGAUACUGAACUUAGCACGAUAAAGCAUGGACAAUCAACACAAGUUAGUGUGGAAAAGGUAGAAACAGCUGCAAAGAAAACAGAUGAAGCUGUAGUUGAACAGGAUGAGGAUCUUCCUGAUGUGUCCUUUCUGAAAGUCCUUAAAAUGAAUAAAGCUGAAUGGCCUUAUAUUGUCGUGGGAACUUUCUGUGCCAUUAUAAAUGGGGUUUUACAGCCCGCCUUUGCCAUCAUUUUUUCAGAAAUUAUUGGGGUUUUUGCUCACACAGACAAGAAUGUUGUACGUCGUGAGAGUACGCUUUAUUCCCUGUUAUUCUUAGCAAUAGGAGGUAUCUCCUUCAUCACAUUUUUUCUUCAGGGUUUCACAUUUGGCCAAUCUGGUGAGAAAUUGACAUUGAGACUACGAUCCAUGGCUUUUAAGGCAAUGGUGCGACAGGAUAUUAGCUGGUUUGAUGAUCCUAAAAACAGCACUGGAGCGUUAACAACCAGACUUGCUAAUGACGCAUCUCAAGUUAAGGGGGCUACUGGUGCCAGGCUUGCUAUACUUGCACAGAAUGCAUCUAAUCUAGGAUGUGCAAUUAUUAUUUCCUUCAUCUAUGGCUGGCAGCUGACCCUAUUGAUCUUAGCCAUUGUGCCAAUCUUGGCAGUGGCAGGGUUGGUACAGAUGAGAAUGCUCACUGGCCAUGCCAACAAGGAUCGGGAGGAAUUGGAGAACACUGGAAAGAUUACUACAGAGGCAGUUGAAAACAUUCGAACAGUUGUAGCUUUAACAAGAGAGAGGAAGUUUGAACAAAUGUACGAAAGUAGCUUGACUAUUCCAUACAGGAAUGCCAAAAAGAAGUCUUGCAUUUAUGGAAUCACCUUUUCCCUUUCGCAAGCAAUUGUGUUCUUUGCUUAUGCAGCAUGUUUUCGAUUUGGAGCCUGGCUGGUGACUCAUAACUAUAUGGACUUCCGGGAAGUUUUUCUCGUAUUCUCAGCAAUUGUAUUUGGAGCAAUGGCUCUGGGACAGACCAGCUCGUUUGCACCUGAUUAUGCUAAGGCUAAGUUGUCAGCAGCCCGAAUCAUCAUGCUGAUUGAGCAAACGCCAUCGAUAGACAGCUUUAGUGACACUGGUGAUGUUCCUAGUACAUUUGAGGGAACGGUCAAGUUUGAAGAUGUUGCCUUUACCUACCAUACUCGCCCUGAUAUGCCUGUGUUGCAAGGUUUAACAGUUACAGUUGCAAAAGGACAAACCUUGGCUCUGGUGGGUAGUAGUGGCUGUGGGAAAAGCACCACUAUUCAGCUGUUGGAGAGGUACUACGACCCACAAGGUGGAAAAGUGCUUUUAGAUAACAACAAUAUAAAGGACCUCAAUGUUCAGUGGGCUCGGGCACAGAUUGGUAUUGUGUCUCAAGAACCAGUACUGUUUAACUGCAGCAUUGCUGAGAAUAUUGCCUACGGGGACAACAGCAGGGUCAUAUCCAAGGAGGAAAUAGAGGCUGCAGCCAAAGUUGCUAACAUACAUUCUUUUAUUGAAACUCUCCCUGAGAAAUAUGAAACAUGUGUAGGAGACAAGGGCACCCACUUAUCUGGAGGGCAGAAACAGCGUGUGGCCAUUGCCCGAGCAUUAGUCCGAAAUCCUAAGAUUCUGCUCCUAGAUGAAGCUACUUCAGCACUGGAUACAGAAAGUGAAAUGAUUGUCCAAGAAGCACUGGACAAAGCAAGAGAGGGCCGCACCUGUAUUGUAAUAGCUCAUCGCCUGUCUACUGUCCAGAAUGCUAACAAAAUAGCAGUGUUUAAUAAUGGACAAAUUGCAGAGGAAGGAACACACCAACAACUUUUGGCCAAUCAAGCUAUUUACUACAAUCUAGUUACUGCUCAAAUGGGACGAAACUAAGUGGAAAAAAUAUUCAAUCAUUAUAUUCAAAUUUAUUUUCUAGUUUCAGUUUGAUUUUGGUAAAUGCCUAUAAAAUUAUACCUGUGGAAUAACAACUUGUAUAUAAGCAGAGUAAAAAUGCCCUAAAUUAUUUCCAUUUAUUACAUGUCCUAAAUAACUGUCUCCAAAUACAUUGGAGUGAACCUAUUAAUAAAGCUGGCUCAGAUCUGUUAGAAAAAAGUUAGUUAUUAAAACCAUAGACCCAUACAGCACAAAACAGGCCCUUCGGCCCACCAUUUUGUGCUGUCCAUCAAACCACCCUCACACUCUCUAACCCUUUCCUCCCGCAUAUCCCUCUAUCUCACAUUCCUCCAUAUGCCUAUCCUCUUGAACCUGUUCAAUGUAUCUGCCUCCACCACCACCCCAGGCAGUGCAUUCCAUGCACCAACCACUCUCUGGGUGAAAAACCUCCCACUGACAUCUCCCCUGAACCUCCCACCCAUAACCUUAAAGCCAUGCCCUCUCGUCUUGAGCAUUGGUGCCCUGGGAAGGAGGCGCUGACUGUCUACUCUAUCUAUUCCUCUCAAUAUUUUAUAUACCUCUAUCAUGUCUCCUCUCAUCCUCCUCCUUUCCAGUGAAUAAAGCCCUAGCACCUUAAGUCUUUCCUCAUAUUCCAUACGCUCUAAUCCAGGCAGCAUCCUGGUAAAUCUCUUCUGCACCUUCUCCAACGCCUCCACAUCCUUCCUAUAAUGGAGCGACCAGAACUGAACACAGUACUCUAAGUGUGGUCUAACUAGAGUUUUGUAAAGCUGCAUCAUCACUUCGUGGCUCUUAAACUCAAUCCCACGACUUAUGAAAGCCAACAUCCCAUAGGCCUUCUUAACUGCUCUAUCCACCUGUGAGACAAGAGUACAGCAUUGUGAAAAAUGUAUCACCUCUGACAAACUUUCUGAGUAGCUAUUAGAAUGAGUGCAAUCGCCCCACACUCCCAACAGAGAUGCACACACAAAGUUCAACUACAACCCUGAAGCACAAGCUGUUAGGUUGAUUGGCCACUAUAAAUUAACCCUAGUGUGCAGAUACAAGGUAGAAUAUGGGAGUGAUUGAUGGGAAUUUGUGGAGAAUAAAACAUGGGAUUAUUGUAGGAUUUUAGUAAAUGGGAGCUUGAUGAUUGGCUUGGACACGAUGGGCCAAAGGCCUGUUCCCAUGCUGUUUCUCUUUAUCUGCACAAUCACUGAGUGCAGCUCCCUGUGGGAAUGAGUUCUGAAGUCAUUUCUCAUUAUCAACAAUUACAGUUAAAAUCAAUGAAUAAUUAAGCCUUCAUAUUUCCAUAUGUAUGAGUAUUUAAAAUGUUAUUAGUUGAUUACUACUCAAAGUCUGACGAAUUAAAAACGUUUUGAUUAUUUUCCAAUGGAAUCCAUGUCAAUAGAUUCAUUUAAAUAUGAAUCAAUGAACUGUUAUGAGAUUGUAGCACUUGCUCACAAGUAAGAAGUUACAGACAUUGUACUCAGAUAUAAAUGGAACUUUAAUGCUGUGAUCAGUCUUAAUUACUGUCAAAUAAUCUCUCUGGCUCUGAAAUUUUAAUUCUGUAGGUAUGAGUUCUUAUUCCACAAGAAAUUAAUUUCCCAGUCUCUAUACACCUCCAUCCCCCAUCAGGUAGGUCUUAGGACCUCCUUUUCUGUCUGGAGCAAAGACCCAACUAGUUCCCCUCUACUAAUGCUCUCAUCACCUGGCAGAACUUAUUCUUACCCUCAACAACUUGCCUUUUGAUUCUUCCAACUUUCUACAGCUCAAAGGUAUAGCCAUGAGCACACACAUGCCUGCCAUUUUGAGACUACAUGGAACAGUCCCCGUUUCAAACCUACUCUGGUACCACUCCCUAAUUCUUCCUCAACUACAUUGAUUACUGCAUUGGUGCUGCUUCCUGUACUCGCAAGGAACUCAUCAAUUUUAUCAUCUUUGCCAGCAACUUCUUCACUGCCCUCAAAUUCACCUGGACCAUUUCUGACACUUCUCUUCUUCUUCUGUAUCUUUCUGACUCCAUCUCAAGAGACAAAUUACCCAUUGAUAUCUACUAUAAACACACAGCUACCUUAACCACACCUCUUCCCACCCUGUUGUCUGUAAGAAUGCCAUCCCUUUUCUUCAUUUCCUCAUAUUUCACUCGGGUAGCCUGCAAUCCAAUGGUAUGAACAUUGAAUUUUCCAGUUUCAGGUAACCUACACUCCCUGUGUUUCUUUCCCACUCUAACCAGUGAAACCUUAUUCUCACUCCCUUUGUUCAUCUUUUCCAUCCCUCCCUCUUCCCCCCCCCCGCCCCACCAUUACCAAGACUUAUUACUCUCCCCAACUUGGUUCAAUCUGCCUAUCAUCCCUCCCUCAUCUGG